CUUUUGGACCGUCAAAUGCCGCAACAUAAAAAUGAAAGCAAGACAAGAGGGUUGCUAUCAAGGAUCUUCGGUCAGUCCGCAAAGACUAGACGACAUAGAAGAAAUCAGGACGAUCGAUCCAGCAAAUCUCAUCAGAGAAAAAAGUCAACGGAUAGUCAUUCGUCGUCGACCUGUUCCUCCGAAAAUCGAACUCCGCUGAGUGUAACCGGUCUACGUAAGACAGAGGAAUCUGAAAAGAAGCUGAAGGAACUUAUACAGGCACUCACUGUCCACGUUUUGCCGUUAUUGGAACAACCGCCUAAAGAAACAGAGGGCGCAACAGUUAGCAAAAAUCGUGUUUUAUUCGCAUUAAAUCAUGCCGCAGAAAAGGCUCUUAAGAAAAAGAACGUCUUCGGUCGGCUUGAACAGUUACGCACAGAGGCGCGAGAGGCAGACAGCGUUGUAGCUGACUUUUUAGAAAAAGACUGCGAUACCCGAUUAGCUGCUAUGGCACCGAAGUGCGCCGCCUGUGGGGCUCCGUGCAAGAAAUGCACGGUGAGUUUUCUCCCGCUCACUAAUACACCUGGCGGAAGCGGCUUCUCAAGGCCCGAAGAUGGAGAGCUUCGUAUGUACAGCAGUGCAGUAUCGUGGGGUCCUGAUCAAGUGACAGAUUUCAACGUGUCAGCCAACGAAGUAAAUGGCGGGGGUUUUUACCCGGAGCCAGACUCCGAGCUACUCUCAUUGGACGAGAAUACGUCAUCCAGCGUUAGAAGCUAACGUUUUGAUUUUGCCGCAGAUACGAUCUUGCCGUAGCGACUUCGUGUCAACUUGCUAACGACAAAGGAAGGGUCACAAACGGUUUACUUUACCUCGAUUUGGGUGCAUUCUAAUUUUUAAAUGUGGAAGUGUUUGAUGACGACAGCCAGUUGAAACCGUUUCAGUACUAGAGGCCGCGAUCAAUCUAGUACAAUUUACCUAAGACUGUCCUUUUUGGGUAAAAUAAAAUGCU